UUCCCACCAUCUUCCUCUUUUCGCCACAUUUUUCUGCAAAUAUUAAAUUUUCAGCUGUUUCAACUACUAUAGUUUUGUUCUUAAAUAUUAUCGAGCGAGUCUAUGCCACUAUAAAAAUUGAUAAUAUAGAGUCCAUGAUUUUCUUCUAUUGUGAUUACAAAUAAUAAAAAAUCGAGUUUCUGCAUCCAUCAUCUUGGCAAUCUCUAAACCCUAGACUUUCGAACUCAAUCAGACAGAACCAAGCACAGUUUAUUUACUCGUGUCUUUUUGUUUUUGUUUUAGUGCUUUUUUUUUUGUUAGUUUGGGUUUGUUCGAUUUUGUAAAAAACAGCAAAAAAAUGUCGGGUUCGGGAGGAGUAUCAAUCGCAAGGUCAGCGAUCCGCGGUGAGAACCGGUUUUACAAUCCGCCGGCGAUGCGGAGGAUGCAGCAGCAGUUGAGGGAGAAGCAGCAACGACAAGAACAAGAAGAAGAAGAAGAAGAUAAGGAGCUUUCGUCUGCUUCGAUGCCGCCGCCUCGUCUGAGGAAAAGAGCUCAGGCUAGGAGCAAGAAUCGGGCGGUGGUUUCCGGGUCGGAAGUAUCCGUCGGGUCAUCUGAAUCUUCCGGGUCGGGUCGGGGUAGGAGCGAGGGGUCAAACUUGGAUCGGUUCUUGGACCACACCACUCCCCUUGUUCAUCCCCAUCCCCUGAGGAGGAGCAGGUGUGAAUCUGAGUGCCGUACAUACUUUGUUCUGGAGGAUCUGUGGGAGUCUUUUGCGGAAUGGAGUGCGUACGGUGCUGGUGUUCCUCUACAUAUGCAUGGGACCGACUCCACCGUCCAGUACUAUGUUCCUUACUUAUCUGGCAUUCAGUUGUAUCUACUAGUUGACCCAUCUAAGAAAGAAAGUAAUCCAGUUGAAGAUAGUGAAGAAAUUAGUGAGCUUGAUAAGUUACCUAAACAUGCUAAGCCUCUAGAGAAUGCGGUGGACUUGAGUAUCAGCGAACUGAAUAGAGUUAGUCUGGGAGAUCAAUCUGGUACCGGUUCAUUGUCAAGUGGAGAGACUGAGAUCAGCAGCAACCCUCAUGGACGGUUAUUGUUUGAGUACUUGGAGUAUGAACCUCCUUUUGCCCGUGAACCUCUCGCUAACAAAGUAUCAGAUCUCGCCUCAAGGUUUCCUGAGCUAAUGACGUACCGGAGCUGUGAUCUUUCUCCCUCAAGUUGGGUCUCUGUCUCAUGGUAUCCAAUAUACAGAAUACCGGUUGGUCCAACACUACAAAAUCUCGAUGCAUGCUUUUUAACUUUCCACUCUCUCUCAACACCACCUCCUCAAAUAGGUUCAAUGGGUUGUAGUGAUACUAAGCAAUCCGUGAAGGUGGUACCGUUGCCUACUUUUGGACUCGCAUCUUAUAAGCUUAAAGUAUCUGUGUGGAACCAAAACAGAGCUCAAGAGUCCCAAAAGCUCUCGUCUUUGCAACAAGCUGCAGACAAAUGGCUUAAGCGUCUGCAAGUUGAUCAUCCUGACUACAUGUUCUUCACCUCCAACGGCCACAAAUGAGGUGAUAACGAAAAGAUGUUUUCUUUGACCAUCGACUUGGCUCUGGUUUGAUCGACAGACACAUUAUCUGCUACUCUGUACUUCACAUAUUAUAUAUAGUCUCCCUUACACUGAAGAGCAAACCAAACUCUUCCAUGUUUUUUCAGGCGAUUUAAGAGUCUGCUGUUUCAUUUCCAGAAGAUGGUUUGUGAAUUUGUAGCUUGAUCUUCCUUCCCAGUGUGCUUUACUGAAACUAGUCUUUUGCUUUUCCCUGAAUAAGGAUUCUGAGGAGAGCUUAAAUAGUCAUUUUGUAAUGUUGAGAUGCUCUACACUUUUUGUGAUACAUUUUGAUUGCUGAACUGAAACACAGCAUGCCGUAUGUAACGAUUUUCAACAGGCUUUAGUAAAGAAAAAUUUGUAUCUUUGAUAAA